AAUGAGAGGCAGCGGGAGGAGGCCGGAGCCCCUGCCGGGGGACGGAGGGCAGAGCCGUCCGCAGCGGGGCCAGGCCACCUGCUCCGUGUGCGGGAAGGGCUUUGCCCAGAGCUCCAACCUGCUGACCCACCGGCUGGUGCACACGGAUGAGCGCCCCUUCGCCUGCGCCCAGUGCAGCAAGCGCUUCAAGAGCCAGCGGGACCUGGGUGUUCACCGGCGGGCUCACACCGGCGAGAAGCCCUUCGCCUGCCCCGUGUGCGGCAAGCACUUCAAGAGCUCCGGGAACCUGACCACACACCAGCGGGCGCACACCGGCGAGCGGCCCUUCCCUUGCGCCGUCUGCGGCAAGGGCUUUGCCCGCUCCAACAACCUGCUGGCCCACCAGCGGGUGCACAGUGGCGAGCGCCCCUUCACCUGCCCGCUGUGCCUGAAGAGCUUCACCCAGCCCUCACACCUGCUGAGGCACCGACGCGUGCACAGCGGGGCCAGGCCCUUCCAGUGCCCGGACUGCGGCAAGAGCUUCAAGAGCGGCCAGGAGCUGAGGGGCCACCGACUGCUGCACAGCGGCGAGCGCCCCUUCGCCUGCACCGCCUGCGGCAAGCGCUUCGUCAAGCAGUACCAUCUCCUUCGGCACCAGGGAGUCCACACCGGCCAGCGCCCCUUCACCUGCCCCCAGUGCGGCAAGGCCUUCAGCGACUCCUCCAACCUGCUGCGGCACCAGCGGGUCCACACCGGCGAGCGGCCCUUCUCCUGCCCCGACUGUGGCAAGGGCUUCGCCCAGUCCUCCCACCUGCGGGCGCACCGGCGUGUCCACGCCGGCGAGCCAGCCUCUGGCUGAGGCUCGGAAGGGAUUCCUCUCCUCCCUCCCCACCCCCCUCCCUGGGUGAGGACACCGUCGGCGAGGAGCUACCUGCGACCCCAAACGGACCAGAGGCCUGAGAGAGGGGCAUCGGGCUCGGACACCCACCCCUGACAAGGGGCGCCUUGUUCUACUGACCCCUGGAGCGAAGUCGGCUUUUCAAACAGCUUUGAAAGGAUGCUUGGACGUUGGUGAGGGGGAGAGAUGUAAUGGGAGCCCAGAGGCCGCUCCGUGUCAGGAACGAGCUGCCAGAGGAAGUGGAUGAGGCAGGUCCGUCAACAGCACUCGGACAGGACCGUGGACAUUGGAAGGUUCAGAGGGAUACGGGCCAAACGUGGGCAAAUGGGACCCGCUCCAGUGGGAAUCUGGGUCGGUUAUUGUGGAGGUCGUGGCUGUCACGUGACAACAUUGCCCCUACCUGGUCGGAAGACACACCACUGUCAAUCAAGGUUUGGAUCCACCCCACCCAUCAGUGCACGCCUGACCAUUGGUCCUUUGAAGCACCUUUGUACCUGGCCUCAGGCCACUGGCCUGUUUGAACGACCUGAGCCAGACCUCCCCCACCCCACCCCCCAAGCCCUCCAGCACUUUAAAGAGUGCCACAUGUGCUGCGUCCUGCCUCUUUUGUCUCUGAGGGAUGCCUUGCUGGUAAGCUGAGAAGUUAGUUACAUAUCACUGGGAGCAGAGAGCCAUGCCUGCACUGAGUCAAGGGGUGGCGGAUGGCGUAUCGCUGUUCCUUGAUUGUUUGUACCCAGUUCGUUGUGUGUGUGUGUGUGUGUGUCUUACCCUUGUUGUGAUUCCCCCACGCUCGCUAUCACCGGUGUGUGUGUGUGUCGCCCCCGUUACCUUUUCCCUGCGUCUACCAUUCUAAAUAAAUCAUUUAACUCUAAGGAAGUGUUCAGAGUAUUGGUAUCGGUUUAUUAUUGUCACUUGUACCGAGGUCCAGUGAAAAACUUGUCUUGGAAACCGAUCGUACAGGCCAAUUCAUCACACAGUGCAGUUACAUUGAGUCAGUACAGAGUGCACUGAUGUAGUACGGGUAAAAACAGUAACAGUACAGAGUAAAGUGUCACAGCUACAGAGAAAGUGCAGUGCAAUAAGAUGCAAGGUCACAACAAGGUAGAUCAUGAGGUCAGAGUCCAUCUCAUUGUAUAAGGGAACCGUUCAAUAGUCUUAUCACCGUGGGGUAGAAGCUGUCCUUGAGCCUGGGGGUACGUGCCCUCAGGCUCCUGUAUCUUCUACCCGAUGGAAGAGGAGAGAAGAGAGAAUGUCCCGGGUGGGUGGGGUCUUUGAUUAUGGUGGCUGCUUCACCAAGGCAGCGAGAGGUAAAGACAGAGUCCAAGGAGGGGAGGCUGGUGCCCGUGAUGCGCUGGGCUGUGUCCACAACUCCCUGCAGCUUCUUGCGGUCCCGGGCAGAGCAGUUGCCGUCCUGAGCCGGGAUACAUCCAGAUAGGACGCUUUUGCAGCGGCAUUACAGACACAUAGCAUCACACAAUCAACAUUCACAAGAAAAACAUAAAUUAAACAUAAAUUAUACAAGAAAGAACACAAUUAGAACUAAAACAAAGCCACUGCAGUGCUGUGUGGUCCCAGUGUUGCUGCACUGAGGCAGUGAUCAGGGUUGUGCCGGUCGGUUCAAGAACUGAAUGGUUGAAGGGAAGUCGCUGUUCCUGAACCUGGUGGUGUGGGGACUUCAGGCUUCUGUACCUCUUGCCCGGUGGGAGCUGCGAGGAAACGGCACGGCCCGGAUGGUGGAGGUGUCUGAUGGUGGACGUCGCCUUCUUGAGGCAGCAUCUCCUGUAGAUACUCCCGACGGUGGGGAGGGAUGUGCCCCUGAUGAGUUGGGCUGAGUCUCUCUGCAUCAGGGUCUGGGACGGUAAUUCCUGUACAUUGGAAUUACCGUCCCAGACCCUGAUGCAACCAGUCAGGAUACUUUUAACAGUGCAUCUGUAGGAGUUUGUUGGAAUGUUUGGCGACAAGCCGAACCUCCUGAGAAGGAAGACGCUGGCACACUUCCCUUGUGAUCGGGUCUAAAUGGGUCUUUACAAUUCAACAGCUUGUUCCCUGUUGCCAUCGGGUUCUCAAACCUUUAACAUUACCUCGGACUAUAUUUCCCUUGCUCCCUCACGAUCUUGCAACUGGUGUCGUUAUGUUCAUUUUGUUUAUGUAACACGUAAUUUAUGUUAAUUUGUGUUAAACUUGUCCUCGUUUUGUGAUGCACAAAGCUGAUUUUGAUGGCAGCUACACCCUGGGUACGUGCGCCGUUACCAGCCAGGUUGCUGUUUGGUGAAUGUCCCUUUAAGGCACCUGGACGGGAGUGUGUGUGUGCUGUUAUCUCCAAGACAGCAAGGCUAUAGCAGCAUGCUGGCUGUUGUGCACGGAGCGAGAGAGAGAGGGAGAGGGAGAGGGAGGGAGAGAGAGAGACUGACUGCCGGUCUCUGUAUCGAUGGAUGAGGAACAAUAGCUGUGUCUGUCACCACAAUCCAUGUGUGGAUUUUUGGAGCAAACAAGUGGGGUCCACUUUGUCGUUAACCUGUAGUGGGAAGCAGGUAUUUGUGUGGGCGGCCACGAAUCGAAUGCCUUCGGGGUGGCAGAUACUUCGGAACAAAGCGGCGGAGAUCAUCGGAGAUUGAGAUGUCGUCCGGGUUCCACCGUGGAACAUGUGGAUGUCGUAAUUUCUCUCUACGUUCUCCCGACAUUUUCUCUUCAGUCAACGGUGGUUUUGCAAAAGCCUUUGCUCACGUUUCACCUGGUGACUUGCUGAGCUGAACUGUGAGAACUAUUCCUGGACUUGUGGUUUGGGAAUUUGCCGCACACACACUUUGAGUUUAGUUUUGGGGUCAAUGUUUUUACUUUUCUUAUGAUCACAAGUAGUUAUUAAUAAAGUUGUUUCUAACAGUGAUACACGGCUCGUUGCGGUUCUAUUGUUGCUGGUACGUAACAGUGCCCAUGACAAUGAACUUGAAGUUGGGACGGUGUGUGAUCUGAAGGGGGACCCAGAGGGGCCGGUGUUCCCUGCACCAGCCGCCUUUGCCCUCCCUGGUGGGAGGCGCGGUGGCUUUGGGAGGUGCUGUCGGAGAGGCCCAGGUCUGCUGGGAAGGCUGGGACAUCCAGCACGGCCAAGAUGGGCCAAAUGGACAAGUUCGAUGGGACACACAAGCCCACAUCCUGCAUACGUCAGCAGACAACACACGACGAGCAUGGCUGGGAAUUUGCUUCAAACCACUCCUUGAGGUCGAGAGGGUUGACAGCUUCAGUCCCCAGCAGUGACCAUCACCCACCACCUGUCCCGGUCCAACCACAGAGACCCCACCGCCAGGAAAACUCACCGGCGCCUCUUCCUCAGGAGGCUGAAGAAAUUUGGCACAUCCCCUCUGACCCUCACCGACUUUACCGAUGCCCCACAGAAAGCAUCCUAUCUGGAUGUAUCCCGGCUCGGGACGGCAACUGCUCUGCCCGGGACCGCAAGAAGCCGCAGAGAGUUGUGGACACGGCCCAGCGCA